CACAAUCAACAACUGACGGACUUCUCUUCGUGGCCGCAGCGUUUUCUCUAACGUCUCUUUGUGCUGUUUUUCGUUUCAGGUCCAAGUCGGUCUCAGUGAAGAUCUGGCGUCGAGGAUUUUUCAACUGUGUGCGAAGACCAAAGCCCAAAUAACUCAGUUUUUCUACUCGAGUAACGGACAUUUGCUUACUACUUUUUUGCUCCAGAUUGUUCAAGAAGGAAAAGCUAAAUUUGAGCCACCACAAUCCCGCCCAUUAUGCCAGUUUUCAGCCAAUAAUGCUAAAGUCAUGACAGUUUACGUUCUCUUAAACUGUUAAAAAGCUGAAAAUUGUUGCUGUUAAGCACAAUAUAUUAAUAGCAACCCGAGACGCAGAGGAGAGGUAUUAAUAGUAAGUGUUUACUUUCAAACCAAUUUGAAUCGAAUUAACCAAUUGUUUUGUUGAAAAUGAUAAAUUCCUAAAAUAUAUAAAAUCCUAGUUUGAGCGUGGCGACCUAAGUGCGCCACAGAUAGUGUGAGUCAGUUAGCAUGCAGAGAUAAAGCGAGGCAGAGCUAGCUAGAGUAUGAGCUCACACCGCAAAGUCCGAGCAGAGGCUUGCACGCCCUGUUUCUCUUUGUGUGUGUGAGACGGGCUAAUCCUAAUGAUUAAAUAACGAUAAAUAGUAUAAUGAGCUAGCCAUCGCAGACCAUAAGCAAUCUGUACAUAAAGAUUGCCAUAGGCAGAGCCAGGAAGUGACUGAAUUUAAUUUGGGGCUUUUUAUAAACUCAUCUUUCCAAAGGAGAGCUCACUGGAACAAUCAACGCAAUCUACACAUAAAGAUUGCCGACUGUGGAUUUAGCCGAAUGGAAAACCCCAGAGUGAAUUUGCAACAUUUUGUGUUUAUAAUGUCGUUUAGUUGUCGGAACUCGAUAGCGUUUGUGCUAGCGUGUUGUAAAUAAACCUUAACUGAUUAUAUAUAUCAAUAUAUAUAGCAGUCUCCCUAUAAAGAUUGCAUUUCUUGUGCUUGACGAUACUUGAUACGUGUUCUAAACGGAUAGAGAGGGUGUUGUUUGUCUUGUAGGUUUUGCUUUAAAAUGGCGGAUGGGUUGUCGUUUACUCGGAGCACUCGAAAAUGGUGGCUUUGUUUUUCCAAACUGGAUGUACGGAAAAUGUUGUAGUGCGGAGCGGCUUCGCGUCGACAUCGUCGCUUGCGGUAAGCAGUUAUGGCCGUAGGCCCGGUGGACCCUAGAGAGGUGCUGAAAGGAGUCGAAGCUCUGUUGGGGAAGGAUGGAGAGCUGCGUAGCCUCGAGGGAGUUGCUAAAGUCUUCAGUCUCAUGAAGGCGUCUCAUAAGAUGGUCAGCAGAUGCAUGUACCUAAACAUUUUACUACAGACGAAAUCACAUGAUAUACUCAAUCGAUUUAUACGAGUCGGAGGCUACAAGCUAUUGAACUCCUGGCUCACCUACUCGAAAACCACUACCAAUACCCCGCUGCUUCAGCUCAUCCUGCUCAUCUUGCAGAAACUUCCCCUGACCGUGGAUCAUCUCAAGCAGAACAACACGGCCAAACUGGUGAAACACCUAAGCAAGAGUGCUGAGACCGCAGAGCUGAGGAAGCUGGCGUUAGAGCUGGUGGAAGGCUGGAUGGCCAUUAUCCGCUCUCAGAGCGUCUCCACCGCAGUCUCACCCAAUGACAAGAAGAAGAAAAAGGAAGAGGGAAAACUGCGCCCGGAGGUGAAGCCUCGAGACAAGGUAGCAGAGGAGGAAAAGAAGAAAGAAAAACCGAAAGCUUACGCUCCAAGUCAUGCAAAGAUUCGCUCUACAGGUUUGGAGGUGGAGAGCCCAGCUCCGGUUCCUGUCAAGAAGACACCGGCUGCACCACAGCUCGGGGACAAAUACAACAUUAAACCUGCUUUGCUCAAAAGACCAAGCACGUCACCGUUUGACGCGCCGCCGGUAGAGAAGAAGUACAAACCCCUCAACACCACCCCCAACUCAGCCAAAGAGAUCAAAGUCAAACUUAUACCAGCCCAGCCGAUGGAAGCUACUGGAUUUUUGGAUGCCCUUAACUCAGCCCCAGUUCCUGGCAUCAAGAUCAAGAAAAAGAAAACGAAGGCAGUCUCUCCCACCUCUAAUAAGCCGUGUCCGUUCGACAGCAAGCCGCAGGCAUACCCGGGCACACAGGCCAAACCCUCAUCCCCCGAGGCUUCCUCAUCUCAGACCCCUCCUCAUGAGAACCAAGACCUGGAGCAGCCCGGCACACCGGUACCCACUGAAGACCCCGAAGCCAUGGACACCGGCGAUAAACCUAAUGCUCUGGCUGAACCUCGAGGCGAGGAGGAAACGUUGACUAAGAAGGGUAAAAAGAAGAAGAACGUUCGGUGGGCAGAAGAGGAUAAUCUGAAGGAAUACUUCUACUUUGACCUGGAUGAGACUGAGAGAGUAAACGUCAAUAAGAUCAAAGACUUUGGUGAGGCAGCCAAACGGGAGCUGAUGAUGGACAGGCAGACGUUUGAGAUGGCUCGUCGCCAUUCUCACGACACCAUGGAGGAGAGGGUGCCCUGGACUCCACCACGACCGCUGACCAUAAUGGGCUGCCUGAUCAUUGCAGGGUCCAGCAGCAAAGAGAAGGCGAUUCAGAGAGACCGGGAGAUGGGAAUUCUGCAGGAGAUCUUCCUCAGCAAAGAAAGUGUUCCAGAUACUCCUCAUGAGCCGGACCCCGAGCCGUACGAGCCCAUGCCUCCCCGUCUCAUCCCACUGGAUGAGGACUCCACCAUGAUGGAGGAUACAUCUGACCCCGCGAUCCCUGACGGUUCUGCUUCUGGAUCCGCUGAAGGCUCCAAACUGCCUCCUGUUCUCGCCAACCUCAUGGGCAGUCUGGGCAAUAGUGGCCGCAGCCCCCAGUCACAAGGCAGCACGACGCCAGCCAAUAACAACCCAGCUGUUAAUGUGCAGGAACUGCUGUCUUCUAUUAUGGGUGCUCAGGGAACCAACCAGUCGCCAGAGGAUCUGAUCAAACAGCCCGAUUUUUCGGAUAAAAUCAAGCAGCUUUUGGGCUCCCUGCAACAGAAUCAGAACCAGAAUCAGAACCCACCUCCCAAUGCUCCACCAAUGAACCCAGGUUUGCUUGGUCAUGGCCCUGGCAUGAACAUGAACAACAUGAACAUGCAGAUGCCCAUGAAUGGUGGUUUCCCCCCAAACAAGCCCCCAGGCCCCCCGCAUUUUAACCACCCGCCUCCUCCCCGUGGCCCACCCUUUAACCCCGGCGGUGGGCCGCGCAUGAUGGGUCCCCCGCCCGGGCCGCCUGGCCCACCCGGGCCGCAAGGCAGAGGAGCAGACAACGGCAACUACUGGGGUGACGACUCCAUGAGAGGAGGUCCACACCGAGGAGGACCCUUUCGGGGGAGAGGUAGAGGAGGAGAUCCGGGCUUCAGAGGAAGAGGGGGGCGUGGAGGGCCACGAGGAGGACAUAACAACAUGGGUGACAUGUCGAAGAGGCCCAUGUGUCGGCAUUUCAUGGUGAAGGGAAACUGUCGCUAUGAAAAUAAUUGUGCAUUUUACCAUCCCGGUGUAAACGGACCACCGCUUCCCCCUCAGCAUGGACACUGAAAAGCCACUGUUCCUCAAACAUACCACUAGUGGGCGACAGGACUCAAAAUGAGCCUCGUGUACAGUAACAGGAGGACGUGUGUGGGAUGGGAUGGUUGCAUCUGUGAUGGCACAAUCCCAUCUGCUUCCUGUACAAUUAUUUCUUUAGGAUCUUAAUAUCAACAUCGGAUUUGAUGCUACCUUCCUAAUACAAAGGUCUCCAGAGGAAAGCUACGGGAAAAACAGAGACAUCGAAAGCCAUUGACUUUUGGUUCUUCGUGUAAAUACUGCUGAUGGUGAUUUAUAUGUAUAUUUUUAUUGUACCACUAAUUCGACUGCUUAAGAUUGUACCAUUUCACUCUGUAACCACUAGGACAAGGUGUAAAUAGUUGUCUUCUGCCAGUGGUUAUUUUUUGCUAGCUUCCCUUGGUGCCCAAAAAAAUCCAGGAUCCUGAGUUUCCAAAUGAUCAUUUGGAGGUUCAUCAUUAUACCAGCUUGGAUUUACAUCAUGAAAUUUAACACACAAAGGUUAUUGAUCGUAUUAUAAAACAGUAUCGUGUUUAUAAUUUUUUAUUUUAAGAUUCAUUUGGUCCCUCAAACGUGAGGACCUGUUUUUUGUUUUUCAGGUAUUUUCUAUAGAGACAUCCUUCUACCGAAUGUCUAAACAUUUACUAAAUCUUCACACAUUUCAAUGUUUUUCAAGAUUUUCUUUCUUGAGAAAUCUUCCAAACUGAGUUUUCUUGCACUGAAUUGCUAUUAUGUUCUCUCUAUUCCUGAAUGAGAAUACUGUACAUGUGAAUCUUAGCCUGAAGGGUUACUACUACAUGCAAACCAUACCUUCUGUUUAUGGGCACAAGAUACAAACAUUUGAAGUCUCAUUGCGUACUUGAAUUCAGUCCAAUCUUUAUGGAAAAAGAUCCUAGCCUGCUAAAGAAAUAUCAAGUUGUUCUUCAUCGUGUGACAAUCUGAAGAAUUAUUUGUGGGGUUUUUUCUAUGAUUUGAUCUGCUGUGGGCUCUUUCAUGCUGUCGGAGACCUCCGAGUCGUGUUUGUCCUGCUCUCUCAGUGUUCAGCUGAGCCUAUUUGGGCUACAAACCACUAUCAAGGCCAAAUUUAUUCUGGUGUUUUCUGUGAAAACAGUGGCCAUUGUGUCUCUUCUGGGACUUGUUUUUUUUCUUUUGUGGUUAAUUCACUGUUCUUUUCUCAUGCUUUUAUUUUGAUACAAGUCUGAUGAUAUUUUUUUCUAUCGGAUGUUUCAUUAUUGUUUGAGAGCUGUAUAUGCGCCGCAUUAGUGCGACAGGCCUAUUCAGAUAUGGAAAGUUUUUUUUCUACAUGUAAAUUAAUAAAAGUUAUGAAUUUCAUCAGAAUUUAAA